AUGCCCAGACUUCAGGCGCGCAUAGCUCACAGGAUACAAGAAUUAGAAAAUCUGCCUGGCUCUUUGCCACCAGAUUUACGAACCAAAGCAACCGUGGAACUGAAAGCACUUCGGUUACUCAAUUUCCAACGUCAGCUGAGGCAGGAGGUGGUGGCCUGCAUGCGACGGGACACAACCCUCGAGACGGCUCUCAACUCCAAAGCAUACAAACGGAGCAAGCGCCAGACCCUGAGGGAGGCCCGCAUGACGGAGAAACUGGAGAAGCAGCAGAAGAUUGAGCAGGAGCGGAAGCGCCGGCAGAAGCACCAGGAAUACCUGAACAGCAUUUUGCAACAUGCAAAAGAUUUUAAGGAAUACCAUCGCUCUGUGGCCGGGAAGAUCCAGAAGCUUUCUAAAGCUGUGGCAACUUGGCAUGCCAACACUGAAAGGGAGCAGAAGAAAGAGACAGAGCGGAUCGAAAAGGAGAGAAUGCGCAGAUUGAUGGCUGAAGAUGAAGAGGGCUAUAGAAAACUGAUUGAUCAAAAGAAAGACAGGCGCUUAGCUUACCUGUUGCAGCAGACCGAUGAAUAUGUGGCCAACCUGACCAACCUGGUUUGGGAGCACAAGCAAGCCCAAGCCGCAAAAGAGAAGAAGAAGAGGAGGAGGAGGAAGAAGAAGGCCGAAGAGAACGCAGAGGGAGGAGAAUCUGCCCUGGGACCAGAUGGAGAGCCCAUAGAUGAGAGCAGUCAGAUGAGUGACCUUCCUGUCAAAGUGACUCAUACAGAAACCGGCAAGGUCCUAUUUGGACCAGAAGCACCCAAAGCAAGUCAGCUGGACGCCUGGUUGGAAAUGAAUCCUGGUUACGAAGUUGCCCCCAGGUCUGACAGCGAAGAGAGUGAUUCUGAUUAUGAGGAGGAGGAUGAAGAAGAAGAGUCUAGUCGGCAGGAAACCGAAGAGAAAAUACUUCUGGAUCCAAACAGUGAAGAAGUUUCCGAGAAGGACGCUAAGCAGAUCAUCGAGACAGCUAAACAGGACGUGGAUGAUGAAUAUAGCAUGCAGUACAGUGCAAGGGGUGGCUCCCAGUCCUACUACACCGUGGCUCAUGCCAUCUCCGAGAGGGUGGAGAAGCAGUCUGCCCUUCUUAUCAACGGGACCCUGAAGCAUUAUCAGCUCCAGGGCCUGGAAUGGAUGGUUUCCCUGUAUAAUAACAAUUUGAACGGAAUCUUGGCUGAUGAAAUGGGGCUGGGAAAGACCAUACAGACCAUUGCACUUAUCACUUAUCUGAUGGAGCACAAAAGACUCAAUGGCCCCUAUCUCAUCAUUGUUCCCCUUUCGACUCUUUCUAACUGGACAUAUGAAUUUGACAAAUGGGCUCCUUCUGUGGUGAAAAUUUCUUACAAGGGCACCCCUGCCAUGCGUCGCUCCCUUGUCCCCCAGCUACGGAGUGGCAAAUUCAAUGUCCUUUUGACUACUUAUGAGUACAUUAUAAAAGACAAGCACAUUCUGGCAAAGAUUCGGUGGAAAUACAUGAUCGUGGAUGAAGGCCACCGAAUGAAGAAUCACCACUGCAAGCUGACUCAGGUCUUGAACACUCACUACGUGGCCCCCAGGAGGAUCCUCUUGACGGGGACCCCACUGCAGAAUAAGCUCCCAGAACUCUGGGCCCUCCUCAACUUCCUCCUGCCCACAAUUUUUAAGAGCUGCAGCACAUUCGAACAGUGGUUUAACGCUCCAUUUGCCAUGACUGGAGAAAGGGUGGACUUAAAUGAAGAAGAAACCAUAUUGAUCAUCAGACGUCUACAUAAGGUGUUGAGACCAUUUUUACUGAGGAGACUGAAGAAAGAAGUUGAAUCCCAGCUUCCAGAAAAGGUUGAAUAUGUGAUCAAGUGUGACAUGUCAGCUUUGCAGAAGAUUCUCUAUCGCCAUAUGCAAGCCAAAGGGAUUCUCCUCACAGAUGGUUCUGAGAAAGAUAAGAAGGGGAAGGGAGGCGCUAAGACACUUAUGAACACUAUCAUGCAACUGAGAAAAAUAUGCAAUCACCCAUACAUGUUUCAGCACAUUGAGGAAUCCUUUGCUGAACACCUGGGCUAUUCAAAUGGGGUCAUCAAUGGGGCUGAGCUGUAUCGGGCCUCAGGAAAGUUUGAGCUACUUGAUCGUAUUCUGCCAAAAUUGAGAGCGACUAAUCACCGCGUGCUGCUUUUCUGCCAGAUGACGUCUCUCAUGACCAUCAUGGAGGAUUACUUUGCUUUUCGGAACUUCCUUUACCUGCGCCUUGACGGCACCACCAAGUCUGAAGAUCGUGCUGCCUUGCUAAAGAAAUUCAACGAACCUGGGUCCCAGUAUUUCAUUUUCUUGCUGAGCACAAGAGCUGGAGGCUUGGGCUUAAACCUUCAGGCAGCUGAUACCGUGGUCAUCUUUGACAGCGACUGGAACCCUCACCAGGACCUGCAAGCACAAGACCGCGCUCACCGCAUCGGCCAGCAGAACGAGGUCCGGGUGCUGAGACUCUGCACCGUGAACAGCGUGGAGGAGAAAAUCCUGGCAGCUGCGAAGUACAAGCUGAAUGUGGAUCAGAAGGUGAUCCAGGCAGGCAUGUUUGAUCAGAAGUCUUCAAGCCACGAGCGGAGGGCAUUCCUGCAGGCCAUAUUGGAGCAUGAAGAGGAAAAUGAGGUAUUAUAG